AAUGAAAUAACCAUCAUACCGAUGCACAGAAAAGUUAUGGAAACCAAUAGUAAGACCUCCAAGACAUAAUUAUGCAUUGAAAGAUAUGGGAAAUGAGAUUUUCAUGGUUUUAGAUACUGUAACUAAAAGAAUAGACUUUGAAAUUUAAAAUUCUCGAGGAUUGAUAUUGUAAUGCAGGUAUUUAGUCUAAUUAUUAAUAAGUUUGUUUGAGCCAAUAAGAAUGUAAGAUAAACCACAUACAUGUAUGAUAUAUUUACAUGGGAAUUCAAGUAGUAGAGUAGAGGCAUUAACUAUUAUAGAAUAUUUAUUACCUAAUAACAUUUCUGUUUGUGGAAUUGAUUUAUCUGGUAUGUUAUUUUAAUAAAAAUAAUAUAGGUUCAGGUUAAUCAUAAGGUGAAUACAUUUCUUUAGGAUAUUAUGAAUCAAGAGAUGUUAAUGAUUUAUAUGAAUAUUUAAGAUUAAAUAAAGUAAGUGAACUUCAUAAUUAUAAGUAUAACAGCCUUUAAUAACUUAAAUUGGAUUGUGGGGCAGAUCUAUGGGUUCAGUGACUGCUAUUAUUGCAGCAACACUUAAUAAAAAUUUCAAGGUUUUAGUAUGUGAUAGUCCUUUCUCUAAUUUAACUCAUCUAUGUUAAGAAUUAGCAUCAAAUAGUUAUAAUAUACCAACUUGUUGCUUUAGUUGUUUUUGGUGUUUAGUCAAAGCAAAAAUAAGAAAAGAGGCCAAAUUUAAUAUUGAUGAUCUCAAUAUCUCAUAAAUCAUUCAAAGUAAUUUAUACAUCUAUUUCAAAUAUUAGCCUUAUCUACUGAUGUUUCUAUUGUCUUCUUAUCUGCAAAAUAAGAUCAAUUAAUAUUAGAAAAACAUCCCAAAAUUCUAAUGGAAAAAUUCAGAGGAAUUAAAUAAUUAAAAUAAUUUGAAGGCACACAUAAUUCUAAAAGACCUUUAGAUGUUAUGAAGGAAACUGUCUAAUUUAUCAUUUUUUAAUUUGAUAAAAAUUAAUGGAAUUAAAAUUCAAGUUUAAGAGAUACUAAGAUUUCUAAUAACACUAAAGAUUAAUUUCCUAUUCCUGAUGUAGAUGCUCCCCUUUUACAUUCAGAAAAACCUUAUAUUUGUAAAUCGGGAAAGUGAAAGCUAUCCAAAUAAUAAGUGAU